AUGGCACACCUCUUCGCCUUCACUCCCAUCGAGGAGCCCAACUACGUCAAUGGCCUGAAAUCCAGCAAGAAGACCAAAUUCCCUUCAACCGGCAUGUUUCAAGGCUUUAACCUACCCUCGCGCCUUGAGGGCAACAUCUUCGAUCUCGAGGUCACGGGAACCAUCCCUGAAGACAUCAACGGGACUUUCUACCGCGUUCAAACCGACCAUCGGUUACCACCCAUGUAUGAAGAUGACAUACAGUUCAGCGGCGAUGGUGCUGUGUCUGCAUUCAGAUUUGAAAAUGGGCAUUGCGAUUUCACGCAUCGGUAUGUGCAAACUGAUCGCUUUAAGGCCGAGACGAAAGCGAGGAAGGCGCUAUUUGGGAAGUACAGGAACCUGUAUACGGAUAGCGAGAUGGCGAAGGGCGUUAUCAGGACGGUUUCCAAUACCAAUGUGCUAUUUUGGAGAGGGAUGUUGUUGGCGAUGAAGGAGGAUGGCCCGCCUUUUGCCAUGGAUCCUGCGACUUUGGAGACGAUUGGCCGUUAUGACUUUGAUGGCCAGGUCGUGUCACCAACUUUUACCGCACACCCAAAGAUUGAUCCGGUGACGGGGGAGAUGGUUUGUUUUGGGUAUCAGGCUGGUGGUGAUGGUCAUGAUGCUUCUUGUGAUAUUGUAGUCAACACGAUCGACAAAAAUGGCGUCAAGAUUGAAGAGACUUGGUAUAAGGCACCGUUUUGUGGAAUGAUCCAUGAUUGCGGUAUCUCUGAGAAUUAUCUUGUCCUUCCCUUGACGCCAUUGAAGGUGUCGCUUGAACGUAUGAAGAAAGGUGGAAAUCACUUUGCUUGGGAUCCGAACGAAGACCAGUGGUACGGAAUAGUGCCAAGACGGGGUGGGAAGCCGGAAGAUAUUGUGUGGUUGAGGUCUGAGAACGGUUUCCAUGGCCAUGUUGCAGGAUGCUACGAGAACGAAGACGGACACAUCGUCUUCGAUCUCACUGUAGCAGAUGACAAUGUCUUCUUCUUCUUCCCACCAGAUAAUGCCCCCCGAGAGUCGCUCCAAAAGCGGAAUAAAUUGACCUCAGAUACUUUCCGCUGGAUCUUUGACCCCAAAGCAAAAACCAAAAGCCAUGUCAAACCAGCCCGACUUUUCGGUAUCAGCGGCGAGUUCUCUCGGAUCGAUGAUAGGUUUUGCACUAAGAAGUACAACCAUUUCUGGCAGUUGCAAAUUGAUCCCACGAAGAAGUACGACUUCGAGAAAUGUGGCUCGCCCGCCGGAGGACUGUUCAACGCUAUUGGCCAUUUCACCUGGGAUGAGGGGAUUAAGGAUGUGUACUGGGCUGGCCCGACAACUACUUUCCAGGAACCAGUCUUUGUACCGAGAAACACGGAUGUUGAAGGAGAUGGGUAUCUCAUGUGUCUGCUGAACCACUUAGACGUUUUGCGUAACGAUAUCUUGAUUUUCGAUGCCUUACACCUUGCGAAGGGACCAUUGGCUGUGGUCCGCUUGCCAUUCAAGUUGCGUCUGGGUCUGCACGGGAACUUCGUUGACCAGAGAGAUAUCGAGGCUUGGCAGGAACUGAGAAAGGAGAAUGGGGAGCUUGGUCCUGUGAAGCCGGCUUCGAAACCGUUGCCGUGGCAGGAGCGACUCCUGAAUGGGACGAACGAGACAAACGGGGCGACUCAUUAG